AAACAAGCUGUGCACCGCGUCUCUCAUCACAUUUGUGCAGGACUCUAACCAGGAAGCUGCAAGAGUUUUCAUCCUUCCAGCAGAAUGCCGAGCCAGCUCGAGGGUGCAAUGGAUGCGCUGAUAGCAGUUUUCUACAACUAUUCUGGAAACGAUGGAGACAAAUAUAAGCUCAACAAAGGCGAGCUGAAGCAGCUUUUGAACAGUGAGCUCACUGACUUCCUCACGUCUCAGAAGGAUCCCAUGCUGGUGGAGAAAAUCAUGAACGACCUGGACUCUAACAAAGACAACGAGGUGGAUUUCAAUGAGUUUGUUGUGUUGGUGGCCGCCCUGACUGUUGCCUGCAAUGACUUCUUCCAAGAGCAGAAAAAGAAGAACAAGUAGACGUCUGUAGAGAACCAGCUGUAAACCAACCAAAUCUCCAUCAGCAGUCCCAAAAUCAUCUCACUAAAAACAGUGCAGUAAAUAUCCCAUCAGCUGAAUAAGUUAUUUUAGCAUUCUGCACAUUACAGGAUAAUGAAUGUAAUGUUCAUGAAUGUAGACACUGUUAGACCGUCCUGUUGUCGCAGAUAAAAAAAAAAAAAAUGUGGGUUAAAAAAUAAUGAAUGAUGUUGUCUUACCAAUUUUCAGCCUGGAGCUGCUAAGUAACAGUGACUUUGUGAUCUUAUAUCAAGCUUGUUUAAUCCAAGUUAAAGUAAUUUUUACAGUAGAGUGAUGUUAGUAGCCAGAAAAUACAAAAAGUCAUUUUCCUAAAUCUUCCAUGGUGUUGUCAUUGUUCAUUGGUUCUUUACAGUAAGAACUCCUCUCAUCCAGUUUUGUCUAUGAAAGAUGGCAUGUUAACAAUCACAAAUGCCAAUUAAUUCAGUGGCAUUCACCUUUAAAAAGACACCCUCAUCAUCUAAAAAUGCGUCUUUAUAUUGUCUGUCAUCGUUUUCUGGUUUUUGUCCCAGCAGACAUUCCAGCCGAGACCUUCUCUCUUGUUGAAUUAUAAAUGUCAAAUAUUAAAUAUCUCAUAUUUUCCUUUCGAGGCAUUGUCGCAGCCUGAUGGUGCAAUUAUAGGAAACAUUUUUGUCCCUUGUUAGUUUUCUUGUCAGCCUCUGUUGCCUAAGAAAAAAAAAAAUUCCCUCAUGCUGGUGAAAAGUUAGAAUCAUGGGAAAAUGCGCAGAACUGACACUGAAUAAAUCAACUGUUCAUGUUACGUUUCAGUGAUAAAUGUUUUAAUGUACACUGUCUGUAAUAUUUAAUGCUUUAAAGUGGAUUGUAUGGAAAAAUAUUUCCUUCCUAUUAACCCAUUAAUCUGUUUUUGAACAAUAUUUGAGCAUUGUCUUUUAACUCGUUUGGCAAAAUGAAUCGCAACUACUCUCGGUGAUAUCAUGUAAAAAUGAAAUGAAACUGCAGUAAAUAAAAAGCUCUAUAUCUUCUGGAAACUGGAA